UUGGAGAAAUCCACGCCAGUCUGUCUGUAAGUCAUGAAUCGUGGGAUUCAAAUUGCCCCUCUCCAACACAAAUGAUAUUGUCGUUGUCCCCUCCCUGAAAAGACAACUGGCAACUCCUUUUGGGGACCCGCAUCUCUUCCACUAAAGCCCAUUGACUCACUCACUCGAAUUUUCGCUCGGCAAAUAACAAGAAUGGAUAUCUGACUGGGCCACGGGAUUCCGUUCGCUUUUUCGCUUUUGCACCUUCAUAAAUCACAAGCCCGACGUUUUGAUUGAAGACAAAUCCUGCCCAGGCGUAUGGGGCACGUAUCUUGGGUUUCUCAGAAGAUUGUGUGUGACUGGUCCCACCAGGAAGAAAGACAAAGAAAUUUCAGAGAUGUUCCAAGAAAGCCGAUUCAACGAAGAAUGGUGGUGGGUGUUCAACUAUGGGAUCUCAGUGGUGAUUGUAAUCAUAUUAAACCUACUGCUACUCAUCUCGUGGGGCAAGAACUCUUUCUUGAAGACCAACACCAAUCGGGUCAUUGCUCUGCUGGCCACGAGAAAUGUGCUGAGGGCCAUAUUCUCUUUGUUCGUCCUCUAUUUCACUCGAUGGAGUCAUCCCAUGAAGGAUUGGAAAAACUCAGAUCUCAACACUACCAAGCUGGGAUAUCCGUUUCUUUGUGACAUCCUUUGCUCAGUGGACACGUUUCUCUUGGCCCUGCCCAUGUAUCUUCUCGUGGGAUUGGCUGUCCAUAUGUUCACCCGGUUUCCCAGCCCUCAAAUUGGACGGCUGGCACCACAACGGUACUCGCCGAUUGCACCGCCCAGUUACCACCGCCAUACGCUUUCAUCUUCAUCUUAUAGCGUGAAUGCCACACCUUCCAUAGUUCCGCCUGAGCCUUGCCUGGUUUCCUUUUUCCUGCCCACUCUGCCCAUUCUUAUGUCGGCCCUCUUAAUCACACCCAUUCCUUUCCUUCAUCUUACUCACUCCCUGAAGCCGGUUCCAGAAAAGCAAAUCUGUGCCGACAUCUCCCAGCAUCUGACUUUUGACGUGUCCGUGUUCAUUUUAGCCUUUUGUCUCCCCUUCCUUUUAAUCCUGUUCCUUGGCCUUGGAUUGAUCUUAAGGCGAUGCGUCCAAUGCUCUGGAGCACAUUGUUGCAAUUCCUGGUGCAAGGAGGAGGCCGUGUUUAUCCAAAUGUUUUUGUGCUUGGCUGUGGCCCAGUUCAUCACUUUCCUUCCGACUUUGGAUUCUUUGGCACAAAAAUUGGAUUUGAAUCGUGAGGCAUUGGAGAUGCUUUCCAAGAUUUAUUAUGUGGGGCGCCCGGAAGUGGGCAGAGCUAUUGAAAUGUUGGCCAGUGGAUUGGUCGUUCCGAUUUUGUGCUAUUUAUGGCUGCCAACUUACAGGAGCUUCUCUUCCGAGCCGGAUCCCGACGAUUUGAGGCUGACCAAGCCAAGGAAAGAGUUCAAGAAGGCUGCUA